UUCUUUCCAGCAUACUGAUAAAAAUGUAACUUCUGUACUUUCAAUUUCCUAUUUUCUGUUGUUGAUGUUUUAAAUUUUAAGCUUGAAAAUGACUUAGGUCGAAACUAUAGUCGCUAUGUGAUUUUAUUCACAAUUUUUUAAUAAAGAAGUAUGGGGAAGGUUUAGUGUGUUAAAUUCCUAUUCAACUGUCUAUUAAUUACCCAGUAAUCUAAUUUGUGGCUCUAAGGUGGCGUUCUUCAAUUGAUAAGAUGGCUGGUGGACUUCCCCAAAUAAAUCUUCCUUGCGCAUUAUUGAGAAAAUCCUAAAUUCGGAGGUUUCUACUCUGUGAUAAUCGAUGUAGAAAGCACAAUCCGGUAGAUAAUAAUGAAGAUAAAAGUAAGUCAGAAGUAAGAAGCCUAAAAAUAAUUAUUCAAAGUCAAAAGGUAAAUGCGUAUUUCUUAACAUACCGAAAAACGGCCUUAGAACUUGUAAAAUACAUCUGCAAAUGCGCCAUCGAGAUGUCGAAAGCAAAAUAACAAGAGAAAACCUCACUAAACUUAUACAGCAUCAAUACCAAUCCCAAAAAGGCGGACAAAAAUUGUCGAGUAACUGUAAUGGCGUGUCUUCUUCUGCAAGUAAUGAUCGAAUCUGGUCUUUGUAAAUAGAAGUGCGUGCGCCGAAAGAAAUUAAAGAAAACUCUGCACGAUCUCCGUCGGAAAAACCAAGAACUAUGUGAAAGAAACAUAUACUUAGAUAAUAACAAAAAAUAACACAAUAAAAAAAAUUCGAAAUUUUUACUAGAAGUAGGGAGGUUCAACCCAUGUCUUAUGUAAAGCCCAUUCCACUGUUAUUUAAGCUCUCUAAAAUUCAAUUAAACAUUUCUUCUAAUAGGAUGAUUUGGUUCACUUAAAAGGAUACGUUAAAAGGAUCUCUCUAGAUAAUACUGUCUGGAAGUGUGAUUAUUAAUAUUGUUUAAUGUAAAAUGAGGUCUAGUGUAAACAAAACAAAAAUGCUAGAAAAAAUGAAUACUAGUGCGAAAUAUUUCUGUGGCCACUCGAUUAACGUUUUUUAAAGUAAAUCAUGAAUUUGAAAUAAAUAUGAAACCAUUACAUACACAAUGUGAAUUAUCUUAUAUAAACAUACAAUGUACGACACCUGCACAGGUAGAGUAGGGAAGACUAUACUAAUAACAAUGAUCGAUUUUUAUACAGUUGAUAUGGGUGCAAAAUGUUCCUAAACAAAACUAAAGCUUAAAGCUAAAGCGUACACCAAGGCAUUACCGAAAAAUGCGUAUGAACAUGCCCCUAAAUCAGGGGCCGUUGUAGACUAUGGAACGUUUGACCACAUCAUCGUGGGCGCGGGAGCAGCUGGGUGUGUAAUAGCGAACCGGCUUACCGAAGAUAGCUCACGUCGUGCACUUCUCCUCGAGGCUGGUGAACAUGGUACGGAUUUGACAGAUAUACCAGCAAUGAGGAAUUAUCUAACCGAUUCCAACUACAACUGGGGCUACAUGUCUGUUCCGCAAACUACAGCGUGUUUAGGCCUUAAGGAACAACGUUGCAGCCUACAUCGGGGUAAAGGGAUUGGCGGCAGCACCAUCAUCAAUGGUUUGUUUUACGUCAGAGGGAAUGAUAGGGAUUAUAACAACUGGUACAGUCAAGGAAACGUCGGAUGGUCCUACAAGGACGUGUUGCCUUAUUUUAAAAAGUCAGAGAACUACUUGGAAGGUGAUCCCAGGUACCACGGUAAAGAAGGAUACUUAAACGUGGAAACCUGGGAAGAAAUAAGCGUGCAGACCCAAGCGUUCUAUGAUGCACAUAAGUUGUUAGGAAUGAAGGAGUUAGAUUUCAACGGGGAAAGCCAAUUAGGUUAUGGGAAACCGGAGUUCAAUAUUAAACACGGAAAACGACAAAGUACAGGGAACGCAUUCAUAUUACCUAUUUUGAGCAGAUCAAACCUUGAGCUACUGACGAAUAGUUACGUAAUCAAAGUCCUUAUUGAUAAGCAGAAGAGAGCCUAUGGAGUCCUAUUCACUAGAAAUGGAAAACUUUACAAAGCCGUAUCUCGUAGUGACAUUAUUCUUUCAGCGGGUGCGUUUGGUUCCCCUCAUUUGCUAAUGCUGUCCGGAAUUGGCCCAAGAUCUCAUUUGGAAGAGACUGGCAUAUCUGUUGUCGAAGAUUUGCCAGUUGGCGAACUUCUUCUUGAUCACACAGGAUUAUACUAUUUAGAUUUCGCUACUAAUUACACCGAAACCGAGCGCCCCUUAGAUGACCUUGUGCGGAGGUACAUCGCAGGAGGUGGUCCACUGGCCAAUGCUUUUUCAAUGGAUGGUAUUUCCUUUUUACAAACAAAGCGAUCGAAGAACACAAAGUACCCCGAUGUAGAGAUUCUAAUGAUCCCUUCCAUUAACAGUGACGAAUCCACUGCUAAAUUCUGGAAUAUCGAGGAGAACGUGUUAGAAGAUGUAUUAAAAGAUAAUGAUCCGAGGCGUAGCUUUACGAUAGUCGGUUUUCUCAUGCAUCCCAAGUCGAAAGGAUUUAUGCGCUUAAAUUCCAGCAAUCCCUUUGAUUAUCCUGUUAUCAAUCCAAUGCUGCUUUCCGAUCCCGAUGGGGUUGACAUUGAGACCAUGUAUCAAAUGAUUGAGUUAGUGUUGGAAAUGGUAAAAUCGGAACCAUUUAAGAAACUUGACACAAAACUAAGACAUGCGCCACUGUCGGCAUGCAAAGACCAUAAAUACAAGUCACGAAAUUAUUGGUACUGUUUUCUGAGGCAUCUUGCUCUACCUUUAUUCCAUACGGUUGGGACUUGCAAAAUGGGCAUCCAUCCAAGUAAGGGAGCUGUCGUGAAUCCGGAGCUCAAGGUGUUCGGCGUUGACAAUUUGCGAGUUGCCGAUGCAAGUAUUAUGCCAUCAACCACGUCGGGUCAUACUAGUGCACCUACUAUGAUGAUUGGGGAGAAAGUGUCAGACAUAAUACGUUGCACCUAGUCUUGUAGAAUAAAUUGAUUUUUAGCGUCCUUAGCAAUGUAAUUUUUUUUAAAUUUACAGUCAUUCAUAACUAAGAACAUCAUGAAUUUAACAUUCUUUGCAUCGUUUUACGUAGACGCGAUAGACAUAAUCAUUUUAAAUUAUGAUGUCUUUUUAACAAAUUAAGUUAAUAACAAAAAAUAAUGAAAUCUAAUUGCUUAAGAAAUGGGAUUUAGUAUACCCAAAACCAGAAAAUGCGUUUUAUUCGUUUGAUGAAUUUUCAGCAGCAUCAAAAGGACGCAUUGCAUAGACUAUUAGAUUUAAUCUGUGAUAAUGUUUAUAUACACUGUGUAGUUACUUUUAUAUGUAUUUUUUACUUCUAAUGUUGACCAAUGUAAGUGCAUGGCACAUAAACAGGGCUAAAUAUAUUAUUAUUAUGG